UGUAGCCACGCCCUUGCUCCCCCCAGCAUUAGCGGUUGUUUACUCAUGUGAGCCACGCCCCUCACUUCAGAACCACACCCUGCUUCAGGUGUUAGCUAGGUUAUGGAGGAUCGAGCCCGCCGCGUCCUUCGGGCCAAUUUGGCCAAGAUAAAGGAGUCAAAGUUUGAUCCUGUCUGGUUAGCAGAGGAGCUGUUUGUGGUCGCAAUCGUUGGAGAGGAGGAAAGAGUAGCUGCUAAGGAUGAAACGGUUUCCAAACAGCACCGACGGGACGAGCUGCUGGACUUGGUUAUGGGGAACGGAGGGGAGAGCGUGUUCCAGACCUUCGUGAAUAUAUUAUCCAGCAAACGGCACAUGCAUUGGCUUGCUAUGGAUCUAAAAGAUGAGUUCCUGAGGCAAGGAGGAGUGUGGAUGAAGGAAGAGCCACUCAGGAUAUCUGAUGAUAUACCAGAAACACAUAUGACAGUUGGACAUGGGGUGUCACGAACAAAGGUUGAUCUAAAGAAUCCAACGACACCAGGAUGUGCAUGCACACCGAGGGUUACAGUACUUGGUUUGUCUGUCUGUCUGUCUGUCUCUCUGUCGAUGCUUAUUCUGGCACUACAGGCUACGAGGCGGCCUAUUAGUGUUACCAUCGGCUUCAGAACUACGCAAGCCUGAAAAGUAAGACAGCGAUUUUCCUGAAACAACUGCGUUCGAGAGAUAUGCCGUGAAAACAAGCGAAAAAGCCAAUAUGCAUAUAUAAUCCCACUGGGCUUCUCGCUCUUGGAGGCUCAAGAAGUCACAACUUAGGGCGUGUGUCGACUCCCGCAUGUUAUCUACUUGUGUAGCUAGCUCGUGUAAGACUCUCCGCCAGCUACUAGUGUGGAGACCACGAGAGUACACGCAUGCUCUUGGCCCCACCCAUCAAUUAGCGGUACUACGCAUGCGCAUUACGCUGAGGGUUUGCACUUUAGUGCUUUUCAUUGAGAUUGGACUUAAACUCACGACAUUGUUUUUAGGCAGAGCACUGAGGAGCUCAGCCCGUAUGCAAUGCA